AUGGCUCAACAAUCACGAGAGUAUGAGCUAAUCUUGCUGGGGGCAACCGGUUACACUGGAAAACUCGUCGCGGAAUGGGUCACCACCCAUCUACCGGACGAUCUGAAGUGGGCUGUCGCUGGACGCAAUGCGAAGAAGUUGCAGGGCGUAGUCGACGAACUGACGAAGCUGAGGCCAAAUCGCAAGCAGCCAGCCAUCGAGACAUGCGAGCUUGAGCGCCAGCAGCUGGAAACCCUCGUCCAGAAGACAAAGCUGAUCAUCACGACUGUGGGCCCCUUCAUGCACUAUGGCGAGCCUGUUCUCGCGGCCUGUGUCAACAACGGCACACACUAUUUGGACUCCACUGGUGAGGUGCCAUGGAUCUACGACAUGGUUGCCAAGUACGAUGAGCUCGCGAAGAAGAACAAGACUAUCAUCAUCCCAGAGUGUGGCCUCGACUCUGUUCCUGCAGAUAUCAUGGCCUAUGUGCUCGCGCGCGAGGUGCGCAAGCGCCACAACGCACCCUGCGAGCGUGCCAUCAUGACACUAUACGACUUCAAGUCUGGAAUCAGUGGCGGAACCUCUCUUACAAUGCUGGAACUAUUCAAGAAGUACUCGCUCAGCCAUCUCGGAAAGUCAAUGCACCCGUACUCGCUGUCGCCUGUCAACGCGGACAACGUCGUCGCACCGCCAUCGGGAAGCUUCCCGUACAGUCUCUUUGGUCUGCAAACCAUCCCCGAGCUUGGUGGUAUCCAGACCACUGGACUCAUGGCAAGUGUCGAUGUGUGCAUUGCUCAUCGUUCAUGGGGAUUGUAUCAGUCUUCCGGCGACAAAACACUACAGUAUGGCCCUAAGUUCCGCUUUAACGAGUACGCACGAGCUCCCAACUUCUUCUUCGGCUUCGCGCAGAAGGCGGUUCUCACCUCAGUUGCCAUCUUGCUUGCCAUACCAGUAACGCGCUGGUUGCUCGAACCUCUCUUCAAGAUGGUCAUUCCAAGCCCUGGCCAAGGACCGUCGAAGGAGAGCAUGAAGGAAGACUUUAUGCACUACCGUGGAGUUGGCAGUACCGAAGAUGGAAAGAAGGUGAUCGCAAACCUCGAAGUCGCUCAUGGUGGCUAUGUUGCGACGGCCAUGACGCUCAGUGCCGCUGCUAAAGUCAUUCUCCGUGGCAGGCUAGAGGAGAGCGAGGCGGGAAAGCUUGGCGGUGGCAUUCUCACACCCGCAACUUUGGGAGACCAAUACGUGAAGACUCUUAAUGAGUUUGGUAUGAAGAUCAGGGUAGACGAGUAG